UUCUUUGGUCAAAGAUGAAAAAAGAAACUGAGAUCAAAUUACAAAGGCAGUGAAACAUGAAAAACAAAACGUUAAAAAUAAAAAAAUAAAAUAAAAAACCAACCACCUUCCUUUGCCUUGCUUUGCUCUCCUUUCCUUUCUUCUCUUUUAUUAUUAUUAAUUAAUAACAUCAAUGGAUGGAUGGAUUCCACCAUUAAAAUUCCUCAAGACAAUCACUCUCUCUAUCUAUUUUUUUUAGAGAGAGAAACAUCAAAGAAUAAUACUCCCCCCAAAUCUGUUUCGUGUUUUAUCAUCAUAAAAAUAAAUAAAACCAUGGAAAAAUAGAAGAUAGAGAAAGGUAUAGAGUGUUUUACUUGAAAGAGAAAAAAAAAAACCCUUGAGAUUUGAGCUUUUCAGUGAGAGAAACUGCUGCUUCUUUACACUGAUCUGAUCGGCAGCAGUUUUAUUCGUGGGAUAGAGAAUUCAGCUGUUUAAGCAGAAGGAAAACCAACCCAGUUUUUGUUUUUUAAAAAAUGGUUUUUAGAGAUGUUAUCAAGGAACCAAAAGUGAAGGUGGAGAGGCCAGGCUGUGAUUCAUCGGUUAUGGUUGGUUUGCAAAAUUGUGUUAUUUCGCAGCCUCCUGUCAGCUUAGAGCAAGACUUGGAGUUUCUUGAGAAGAAUUUGCAUAUACUGGAUUGUGUUUUCUCAGGGAGAAAUAAUACCAAUUCAGAAAAUGUUGGAAUUGGUUUGUUUGAGAGGGAGAGUUUGAAUGCUGAUUAUGAACCUAUGGACACGGGAGAGAAUCGCGAUGGGCAUGCAUCGGAAGACAGUCUCUUGCCUGGUCUUUAUGAUGAUGCUGCAAUGUAUAUUUUGGCUUGGAGUUGCAGAUCGGAUUACCCCAAUUUGGCUUUGCUAAAUAAGAAAUUCAAAGCAUUGAUUGAAAGUGGGUGUUUAUAUAAAGUGAGGCGGCAGCUUGGCGUCAUUGAACACUGGAUUUAUUUAGCUUGUAUUUUGAUGCCUUGGGAAGCUUUUGAUCCUGCAAGGGAGAGAUGGAUGCGGUUGCCGAGGAUUCCUUGUGAUGAAUGCUUCACGUAUGCAGAUAAGGAGUCUCUUGCGGUAGGGACUCAGCUACUUGUUUUCGGGCGUGAGUUGUUAGGGUUUGCUGUUUGGAUAUAUAGCUUGCUUGCCCAUGACUGGUCCAGAUGCCCUCCAAUGAACUUACCCCGUUGUUUGUUUGGUUCAAGCAGCCUUGGCGAAAUUGCUAUUGUUGCUGGAGGAAGUGACAAAAAUGGAUGCAUUAUGAGAUCUGCUGAGCUUUACAACUCUGAAGUCGGUACUUGGCUAACAUUGCCAGAUAUGAACUUGCCUCGUAAGCUGUGUUCAGGCUUUUUUAUGGAUGGAAAAUUCUAUGUCAUUGGGGGCAUGUCAAGCCAAACGGAUUGUUUAAGUUGUGGUGAAGAGUAUAACCUUGAGACAAGUACAUGGAGGAGGAUAGAGAACAUGUACCCUCUUCCCAGUGCAGGCCAUCCUGCAAUGCGUUCUCCUCCAUUGGUCGCUGUUGUAAAUAAUCAACUUUAUUCUGCUGAUCAAGCAACCAACGAGGUCAAGAGAUACAACAAAACUAAUAAUUCUUGGAGUGUUGUGAAGAGGUUGCCAGUUAGGGCUGACUCUUCUAAUGGCUGGGGAUUAGCAUUUAAAGCAUGUGGUAGCAGCUUAUUGGUAAUAGGAGGGCACAGAGGUCCUCAAGGUGAAGUUAUUGUGCUCCAUACUUGGGAUCCUCAGGACAGAAGCACGGGCAGAUCAGAAUGGAAUGUUCUUGCUGUCAAGGAGCGAGCAGGUGCCUUUGUGGCCAACUGUGCUGUAAUGGGAUGUUAAUGCUCUCUUUCAUCCCUAUCUUGGGUGCAAACCUUUGACUUACAGACAAAACCAAAUGUUAAAUUGAUUGCGAAGGUGACACUUGUUUUGUCAUUAUCAUUUUUAUCGAGAAUUUUACAAUGUUAACCUGUACUUCAUUUCUAUUUUGAUGCUUAUUGAUUUCAUGGCACAUGAAAGAUGGUUUGUUAUCCCGAUGUGAUUCCAACUGAAGCAGGAUCUUGAGAGGAAGAACUUGAAUGCACAGUCCUUACCUUCAGUAUUUUUUAUAUGAAGUGGCUGCUCUCAAGACGUAAACCUGGACACAUGUGAUACCAUGUGAUUGCAAGCCCAUAAUUAUCUAUUUGUAGCGUUCUGUAUUUGAGUUGUAAAAGGUAAUCAGAUGAUCAUAAUUGACCACACGUUGGAAAAUCUUUAUGAUUUGGUCUGGAUCUCAUUAUGCUCAUUUCUUUUCUUUUUUCUUUUUCUUUUUCUUUUUUUUUAGGAGGUGCUCUGAUUUUAUUUAUCCUCACGGAUUGUUCUUUUUUUGUGGUUUCGUUGUUGAAUAGUAUUUUUUUUUAAUCCAUUCAUAAUGUAGGAGUUAUCUUUA